AUGAUCGGAGCAAUCGGAGGAGGAGGAGGAGGAGCAGAACCCCAUCCUCUGCCUAAGAUUGUAAUUAACAAUUAUGUUAAUGUCAUGAUGAUUGCAUUCAAAGUAAAGGCUCUAAUUUGCCAGGUGAAGAUCAAUCAUUUAAAAAGACAUCUACUGCUUGCAACAACGAAUCACAGAUGCAGACACACAAAGAGUAAUUCAUAUAAACUACUCAGUUACAGGCCACCUGAUUGGGCAAGCCACCUUCAAAUGAUUCCAUUAGUGAAAGUUAAGCUUUUUCAGCCAUUUACACCUAUUCAUAAAUGGAGUCUUCCAAAUAUAUCAGAUGAUAUUGAUAUUUAUAUCAAGCGAGAUGACAUGACUGGAUCUGUUUUAUCAGGUAACAAGAACCUUUCUGAGACUGGUUGUCAUGGGAACAUGUUAUUGAACAGUUUGAUGGGUGCAUCCAUGUACUUGGUUCCCAUAAAAGCUCAAGAGAAGACCGACCUUGAGCCCAGAAUGCAGCGGCUUGCCCACAGACUGCAAGAGGAAAAGGGUAUUAAAGCAUAUUCGAUCCCUAUUGGCGGAUCCAAUGUUGUUGGUCUCCAUGGUUACUUGUGUGGCUGGCAAGAACUCUUAGAACAGAUGUGUAUAAGAGACAGUAUUUAUAUCAAGCGAGAUGACAUGACUGGAUCUGUUUUAUCAGAAUUCAUUAAAAAAGUAGCCCAGCAGACUAGUAUUUUGCUUGACCACACAUACACUGGUAAAUCAGCACUAGCACUGACCAACGAGCUCAGGAAACACAGGUCAAAGUUCAAAGGCAGCCGAAUACUCUUUCUACAUUCAGGUGGAAUAUUUAGCAUGUUUGAUGGGCGGCUAGGAGAUGUUCAGAUGCAGUCAGCUGGAGAAACAUUGGUACAGAACUGGAUGAACCCUGAAGAUGAACCAACUAUUGUUUGA